GAGAGAGAGAGAGAGUUCAGACGCUCUAAGCGGAGUGGGAGAGACAGCUCUUAACUACGGCGCAUAGAUUUUUUUCGGACACGUUCGAGUACGACGGCGGCCACGGAAGCGCUUUGACCCGAGUUUUUUUGCGUAAGGACGUUAGAGCUCAUACAGCGAACACUAUUAUUUCGGGGUUUUGCGAAAGGACGUUAGAGCUUACACGGCGAACACUAUUGUUUCGGGUUUUUGCGUAAGGACGUGAGAGCUUAUACGGUGAAGGAGUAUUAUUUCGGGCGUUGGAAGGACUGGAUUUUGCUGUCUGUCGGGAAUGGGCAAAACUCCACUGAGUCUGUGAUUAGACGGCUGUUCUAACUCCUUAAAUGGAUUACGCGGCGGUGCUAAACGCCUUCUCGAGUGACAUGGAAACAGGCCUACAUGGUACGGGACUUUUGUGAACAUUUCUGUGAAUAUUUACAGAUUUUAAUCAAAUCGGUUGCACAUAAGUUUGAGCUUUUUCCUCGGCGACAGCGCGGAAAACAUGGAGGCCGCCGGUUCCCCGAGCUUCCGACCGCAUCCCGGACUCCAGCGAACUCUCAAGCAGUUCCAUCUGAGCUCCAUGAGCUCGCUCGGGGGCCCGGCCGCGUUCUCCGCGCGAUGGCAGCAGGAGGUGGCGUGCCAGAAGGGCAAAAGCGCCGAAGUUCUGCUCGAGCUCAACCUCCCCGCGCAGACCCCCCCGGUAAUGUCCGGGCCCCUCUUCAUCCCCUCCGACCGCUCCACCGAGAGGUGCGAGACGGUCCUGGAGCGCGAGCCGAUCUCGUGUUUCGUGGUCGGCGGGGAGAAGCGGCUAUGCCUGCCGCAGAUCCUCAACACCGUCCUGCGGGACUUCUCGCUCCAGCAGAUCAACUCGGUGUGUGACGACCUGCACAUUUACUGCUCCCGGUGCACGGCGGACCAGCUCGAGAUCCUGAAAGUCAUGGGGAUCCUGCCGUUCUCCGCCCCGUCCUGCGGGCUCAUCACGCUCACGGACUCGGAGCGCCUCUGCAACGCGCUCAUCUACGGCGGAUCGUUCCCCCCGCACGCGGACAACAACAAGGACCCGUCCUCCUGUUCGAUUGGACUCGAGCGCACGGAAAAGAGCUUCAAAGUCUACCACGAGUGCUUCGGGAAGUGCACGGGGCUGUUCGUCCCGGAGCUGUACACGAGCCCCGGCGCCGCGUGCGUGCAGUGUCUGGACUGCAGACUGAUGUUCCCGACUCACAAGUUCGUGGUGCACGGGCACAAACGGCUGGAGAACCGGACCUGCCACUGGGGGUUCGACUCCGCCAACUGGCGGGCCUACCUGCUGCUGGACCACCGGGAGUAUACCGGCAAGGAGGAGACCCUCGAGCUGCAGCAGCUCCUCGACGAGACCAAGGCGCGAUUCGACAUCGCGAGCAAGUGCAAGAGCUCGUCCUUCAGGUCCUACAGUCCGGUCCCAAGCAAGAGGGCCAAGCAGGACCCCUGCCUCUCCCCCUCACCCGCCAAAGACAAGCAAGCCGAUUGGCUGCAGGUGCUGUCAGCAUCUGCUAAUAAGGAGCUGAAGCAGCUGCAGUUGAAGCGUCCCUCUGCGUUCCGUCCCUGGUCCCCUAGAAACACACCUGCAGACAAGGACCCCAGCAGCCUGCAGCACCACAGGUUGUCCUGUAAGGACACUGACCGCCCCCAGACCCCCCAGGAAGAGCAGCACUCGUCGCCCCCCGACCCCCCAGGGUCCGCUACAGAGCGAAGCCCCUUCAGAACCCCCCCCUCGCGGACCCCCCCCUCGGCCGACAGGCCUCAAGCGCCCAGACUGACCCCCCCCACAGACCAGCAGCCGUCUGAGGACAGCCAAGCCGAUGGAGAGAUCGAGGUGGACACCUGCGAGGAUGCUCCCACACCAUCCUCUUCUCUGGCUCCUCCUCCUCCCCCGCUGUGCGGCAGGGGAUUGGUCAGCUCGGUGAGUGGGGCGGGGCAGUCGGAGCUGGAGGUGAUGCGUGUGGCGCUGCAGGGAGACCUGAGAUCGCGCGCCGCUCGAGAGCGCCUCCUGCAGGACGUGCUGAGAAUGCGGCUCAAACAGGAGGAGAGGCUGAGCACAGCCCUGCAGGCCAAACGCAGCCUGCAGCAGGAGCUGGAGUUUGUGCGCGUGACUAAGAAGGGGCGCCUGCGGGAGGCGCUAGAGAGCAAGCGUGCGCUACGUCAGGAGGUGGAGCGGCUGCGGCAGGAGAGCGAGAGGAAGGUGCGCAGCGCCCGCGAUGCCUGCGCUCGCCUGCAGAGGGAGCUGGAGAGGGAGCGCCACAUGCACGUGUGUGAGCGCGACUGUGAGGCCGGCUCCCUACGCCAACACUACUCCACCCAGAUUGAGGAGCUGCAGAUAAAGCUGCAGAAGGCGGAGGAGGAUCGUGAGCAGCUGCGUUCUGAUCUGCGGUUGGAGCGAGAGGCCCGUCAGAACCUGGAGCGCCUCGUCCGGAACCUACAGGAGCAGCUGGGGCCCACACACACCAGCACCGGCACCACGCCACACACACCACACACACCACACACACCACACACACACCACACACACACACCACACGCCACACAGCCUGGGAGAGCAGAGACAACACACUGAUGUCUCUUAACCAUGGUGCACAACACAGAGCACAGCACAGCCAUUUGCGUCUGUGUGUGUGUGUGUGUGUGUGUGUGAGAGAGAGAGAGUGGAUGUGUGUGUGAGAAAGAGAGAGAGAGAGAGUGUGUGUGUGUCAGGAGGAGCUGAAGACUUAUUUCGAUAACAUGCUUUGUAUAAACACCAGAGCAACUAUAUGAGACCACACAGUGUGUGUGUGUGUGUGUGUGUGUGUGUGAAUGACCGCAGUGGUGAUUGGAACUGUAAUCAGAGAAACUGGACUGAGAUGUGGAUGCCGGACCAGCACCGGGGCCAGCUGGUACCGGAGACGCUCACGCUAGAAACCCAGAACCCUUUAGAACCGGACGGGUCAUUCACAGCGGGCUCAGGACCCUUUAGAACCGGACGGGUCAUUCACAGCGGGCUCAGGACCCUUUAGAACCGGACGGGUCAUUCACAGCGGGCUCAGGACCCUUCAGCCUCCUAAGCUAUUCCAGGACUGUUGGUGUUAGCUAUAAGCUAAGCUAAGCUAAUAAGCUAUUUCUGAGUGCAAAGGUGCAUACUUGAACAGACCAUAGUGUGGCGCGCUGCCCCUCGGCCUCCGUUACCGCGGCGACAACAGCACUGGACGUGGGCAGACGCCCUGCUCCUGUACUCAAGGUCACGAGGUCGCAAGGAGGUCACAAGGUCACCCUUCAAGGUCGUCCUUACAAACCAGGACGAGGAAGUGCAGUGGUGGAACUUUUCUUCUUUUUGUUAAGGGGUAGUUAUUUUCAGCCAUUUUGUGAAGGGCUAGUUCUUUUCAGCCAUUUUGUUAAGGGCUAGUUCUUUUCAGCCAUUUUGUUAAGGGCUAGUUAUUUUCAGCCAUUUUGUUAAGGGCUAGUUCUUUUCAGCCAUUUUGUUAAGGGCUAGUUCUUUUCAGCCAUUCUGCAUGCGCGGCGUCCACAAGCUACCGUGGCAUAGAUACGUUACAAACAAGCUUCUUGCAUUCGUAUUCUUGUUCUUAUGUACAGAAAGACCUGAAGUAUUGGCAAGUAUUACUCUGAACUCAGUCAUACCAUUUGUCCUUAACAUUAAUAUUGACGCAAGUAGUGCUAAUUAGCAUCGAUGUUCAACAUGUGAUAUUAGAGAUGUAAGCAGCAGAUACAGUUCUGCCCCCACACACACACACACCCUGAUGGAGCGGAUGCAGUUCUGUCCCCACACACACACCCUGAUGGAGCGGAUGCAGUUCUGUCCCCACACACACACACACACCCUGAUGGAGCGGAUGCAGUUCUGUCCCCACACACACACACACCCAUGGAGCGGAUGGGCUGUUGCGAGGCCCACUGCGUGGUUUGAAUUGACUCAAUGACGAAUGAGGACAGAGUUUUAAAAGAAUGAAAACUUGCGUCUCUGUUAAGCAACGAAACGUCUUUUUUAUUCUGUGGGUGAGCACUCUGUUUACAUAUAUAAGCGGUUUAUGAAAUAACAUUUCUACUUAUAUACAGAUACCAAUGUAUAUUUUUUUACUCUGCAACAAAUGAAUUGCACUUUUAAGAAAGAUAUAGUAUUGUGCAUUUUCCUUCCUUGAUUGUUUUUGAAAUGAGCAUAAAGCAACAUGAACAUUGGCGCAGAUGUACACACAGAUGUACACACGUACUGUAUGUAUCCUGGAGGUACUGUACCACCUCAGAUGUACACAUGUACUGUACUGUAUGUAUCCUGUAGGUACUGUACUGUACCACCUCAGGUGUUGGAGGAAGCUCAGCAGUGACAUGACUGACAGCAUCUGCGUGCUCUACAGGAUAUCUGAUGUCAAAUGGGCCACUGUUGGAUAUCCACGUCGACUCCUGUUCCCAUUGAGCUUUUGCUCUCAAACUUGCUUCAUAUUCAUUUAGGAACUUAGGGCAUUCUAUAGGAAUUGGAUCUGAAGCCGUGGCCAUUGGAAACAUGGCGCCAAAAUAAGCAGGUGAUGGAAUGUCUGCAAGCGCACAGACAAGAUGGACACCAGGCAGCAGGCUCCAGCGCCACACGGUGGAUGUGAUGUACAUGUACAGUAUUUACCUUUAACAACUUUGAUAUAUCAUUUUACUCUCUUGAUAUCUUGGAUAUAUCAUUGUAUUACCUUGAUAUCUUUGAUAUAUCAUUUUAUUAUCUUGAUAUCUUUGUAGCCCUUAUCAGGUGACCUAUUUUUGAAAGAACAACUCGUCUCGCUUGUCCCCUUCAAUGGCUUUAUUUAUUGGCAGUUCUUUGCAGAUAUUUACAGUAGAGUAACCAUAGUAACCAUCCUGUCGCUUCACAUCCCUCUCGCUCGCCGGGGUCGCAGUCUUAUGACCUCCGCAGUCCCGUGGUUACGGUCGUCAUGUGGACUAUUAUGACCUCUGCACUCCCGUAGUUACGGUCAUCAUGUGGACUAUUAUGACCUUCACUCCGGUAGUUACGGUCGUCAUGUGGACUAUUAUGUUACCGUUUCUUUCAAUGUUGUUUUUCCAUUUAAGAUCCCUAUAAUAGCCA